GUAAUGUAUGUUGGAUAUACAUUUUUAAAGUUCAAAAAUUGUUCGACUGCUAAACGUAUCAGACGUACUGAUUAAAAUGAGUGACAAAAAUCCUGUUUCUACUUUCCAAGAAAUUUGCCAAUCUAUGCGAGAACGUCCAAAGUAUACCUACACUCGAACUGAAGACGACGGCUUUACAUGCACAGUGAAGCUUCUUCAAUGGGAAGCCGAUGGGAAUGGAAGUUCCAAGCGCUAUGCCAAAAGUGCAGCUGCCCAGAAAAUAUUGGAAAACAUAACUCCUUAUACAGAAGAGAUUAGUAUUGAUGACAAGACACCUGUUUCAGUUCUAGAAGAAUGCUGCACUAAGGCUAAAUAUGGCUCACCUAUAUAUACAUGUAAGGAGGCUGAUAACGGAGAGUUUCUCUGCACUGCGAGGUUAAUUAAUAUGGAGAAGCCCUAUGGUACAGGAUAUGCGAAAACCAAACGCAGUGCAAAACAAUUAGCUGCAAGUGAUUUAAUAAAUACGAUUCAAAGCUCCUCAGGAUGGGAUAGUUCAAUUGUCAGUUUAAUGCGUAAAAUGACUGUCAAUUACAAAUCAAACGAGAUGGAUGAUAAUUUUAAGGAUCGCAAAAUUUCUAAAAUAAGUGUUGGCCAGAAUCUGUCAACUGAUAAAGACAACCACAAAGCGAUUUUCAACGCUUUUCACAAAGUUAAAAAAAGGGCCCCUAUGGACUUGGGAAAAGUAAAGCUCUGUGAUCGUCACGAUUACUUCAGAUUGUAUCCAGAAUCCCUUAAGGAAGAAGCUUUCAAAGUACUUGAGUCAAAUGUUGGCAGCGUAAAGGAAAGGGCUCUUAAUGUGCUAAGAGCUCUGAAGCUAACCCCAAGGAUUACCGAAUUGCCGGGUAAAAGUUCGGAAAAAACUUUUCUACUCGAACUGGACUGUGAUUACGAUUGUGUCUUCAUGGGAAGUAUAGCCCAUAUCUAUGCAGAAAUUCUGCAAUAUUUUCGUGACAUGCUUGUUUAACUAAAAAUAUCAAAAUAUUUUGCAUGCCAGAA